AUGACUAGAAAGAAGGUGAAGCUAGCAUACAUCACAAACGACUCGGCAAGAAAAGCAACAUUCAAGAAAAGGAAGAAAGGAUUGAUGAAGAAAGUAAGUGAGCUUAGCACUCUCUGUGGGAUCGAUGCGUGUGCUAUCAUAUACAGUCCUUACGAGCCCCAACCCGAUGUUUGGCCCAAUGGGCCUGGUGUGCAUCGUGUCCUGUCCCAAUUCAAAAGGAUGCCAGAGAUGGAACAGAGCAAGAAGAUGGUUAAUCAGGAGGGAUUCAUCAGACAGAGGAUUAUGAAGGCCAAUGAGCAAUUGAAGAAACAACAUAGAGACAACCGAGAAAAAGAGAUGACUGAGGUAAUGUAUCAAUGUCUUUCGGGUAGUGAUAUGCAAAAUUUGGGCUUAGGGGAUCUACAUGAUUUGGGUUGGAUAAUUGAUCAAAAUCUCAAGGAGAUCUACAAGAGGAUCGAAGAUAUCAAGAAGACAACCAAUUACUCGUCCCCUCCUUUGGCUCAGGCACCCGGUCCAAUGGCCCCAACAAAGGCGAGUGAUCUAGAUCUCUCGAGAAUGAUGGGAUUUGAUCAGGGUGUUGGUCAUGUGGAGGAUCAGAAGCCCGCGAAUGACUAUAUGGGCAUGGAUCCGAUACAAAGCCGACCAUUGUGGUUUACUGAGUGGAUGAGCAAUCCAAAUGAUCAGUCCAUGAGGUUUGGAUCAGCAGCAGCUGAAGAGCAUGCUGCUGAAGAGCAAAUGAUGUUACCAUUUGGGGACACUCAUAAUCCCAUCAUGUGGUCUAAUUCUUUAUUUCAUUGA